GAGAUAAAAAGAAUUCCAAGGGACUAGUACACCCAGUAAUCACAUUGUACGUCUCUGACGGAUACACCCCUGGGUGAAAAGAAAUGCCUGCAACUAUUUAUGCUUCAUGAUGCUGAGUGCCCUACGCAAGCUGUGGCACACCUUGGCUCAGACUGUCAGAGGGCCCACCAUGGAUCCCUCAUUCCUGCUGGCCUUUCCUUUGCUCCUGGCUCUGUCCACACCUUGCAGUGCUUGUAUUUGCAAAAUUCUGCACCCUCAGACGUUUUACUGCAUGUCAGACAUUGGUGAGUUGACGGAGACACUGGAGAAGUGCCCCCCAAGGAGGAGGUCUCGCCCUGGGGAGCAGAAACACAGAGUUGUAGUAGCUGAUAUAUUAGGACAAGGACGUGGCACUUUUUUGAAACGAAAUUACAAAAUCAGAGUCACUGAGAUACUCAAGGCUCCCCAAAACGUAGGCAAAAUUGACCAUUUAUACACACCCAAAGAUUGGAACAAAUGUGGUUAUGAGGUGAGGACCCCACAUCAGUCACAAUUACUCAUUGCAGGCUAUCUGAGGAGGGGGUCCCUGCAUUUCACACGAUGCCACCUGGUGUACUUCUGGAACAGCCUCACCAGAGAGCAGAAAUUAGGUUUCAGGGCCGGGUAUGAAAGAGGAUGCAAGUGCAAAGUCCAGCCCUGCCUUUUCUGCUGGCGUGACUGCCCUGAACCUGAUGUCACAGACUGCGUGUGGCAGCAGAGAGGCUGUGACUACCAGAUAUGGGAAGGAAAUCAUUCCUUGUACUCCAUAUGUGCCCCCGCGCCAUCUGGCCACUGUGAGUGGACCAGAAUCAAUGUCAGCAGUUAUCAACCCCCAAUCACUACUCCACCAACAACUUCUAUGAACCCAUCUAUGGAAUAAUAGAAUUUUAACGUUCUGGUUUUUGACCUGACUGAACCUAACAGAAUUGCAUUCGCAGUGUAUACAUUCAUGGAAAUGUACACUGAAGUUUCAUUUACUUUCUCUGCAAGUAGUGUAUGCAUCCAUAAAAUUUAUAAAAAUAAAUGCCAGGCUGACAAACCCUACCCUGGUAA